UGUUGGAGAUGCUCUAAGACCCUCUUUGAACACCAAAGGAAACCCUAGCUACGUCUGAUUCUUCGAAUUGGACGGUGAUGGCGCCGUAACGUCGUGGUCCUUCUUGAAUGUGUCAUCUUGUGUGCUCGUGAUGUCCCUGGUGCUAGACUUGUGAUUGUUAGACUCUACGUCCUCUCUAGUUAGGAAGGUUUAGCUGUGAUGUUUGCUUGUUCGGGCCAAACACUCAUUGUCUCUCUCCUUUGCUCAUCAUGUUCACGACAACUUGCGUGUGUGCAUGUGUUAUACCCUCGUUUGUACUCGUUCCUUUUUCUUCUAUCAAUUAAAAGAUACACAAAGCUUUGUGUAUUCGCGAAAAAAAAAUACUUCUACACAUCCUUUUGGAGGCAAUUAACGAUAUAUAAACGUCGCUUGCAUAUGCGAUCGAUCAAGUAGCCAAAGGCCAAUCAAACCCGGCUGAGUUGCACGCAGAAGAUCCGAGCAUUCAUGGCCGGCCAUGCGGCAAUUUCUUUCUUUCCCGAGCAUUCGCCUGUGACCGCCCAAGGUGAAAACUAGACAAAGCCGGGCGUCCGGACACCGGAGCUCCCUCCCUUGACGUCGGGGGUUUUCUCCUUUUUUUCCCCACCUGCCCUCGACCCCGAUUCCUUGCUUUGUCUUGUCACAGAGCAGUUGGCUGCUUCGCUUUGCUGUCACGGGUGGUCCGUGCUGUUUUCUUUCUCGAUUUAGACAAGACAAGGAGGUCGUCGAGCCUGUUGGGCGUGGGCAAAAACAGCCCAGCGUCAGCGUACUUUCCCCAAUUCCUCGGGCUGCCCGACGACGGUCGACGGAUGUCAGCGUCGGAAAAACAACGUUCCCACGGUGCAGGUGCAGGCAAAACCGGGCAAGCAACAAGCUAGCUAGCUAGCCUCACUGCCCACUGUGCCCGGUAGCCAGCAACCUGCUCCCACGCGGACGAAGGAGGCGAUGGCCGGACACGGACCGGCUGGGCCUCCCAGUCCCCCCAAAUUGAAGCAGAGCACGGCCAUGGGAGCACCGGCUCGCCGCUAGCCCAUGCGGCUGGGGCUAGCUAGCUAGCUCGUGGCCAUGGGGAGGAGCGGCGCGCUGGCGGUGUGCUUCCUGCUGAUCCCGGCCGUGCUGCUCCUGCAGCGGUGGCAGGCCAGGCCGGCGCCGGAGUGGCUCUUCCUGGCCGAUCUCUUCCUGCCGGAGGUGAACCCAGAUAUAAGAGAUGAUAUGGCUGAUGAAUUAUCUCCAUCGGCACAAAUUGAUUAUGACAGACUUCUGGGUGGCCUUCUGAUCGAGGGAUUUGAUGAAAGAUCAUGUCGCAGCAGGUACCAGUUUGCACGUUAUCAUAGGAAUGCAGCAAGAGUACCUUCUCCAUACCUCAUAGAAAGAUUAAGGAGACAAGAAGCACUACAGAAGAAGUGUGGUCCAGGUACCAAAUCAUACAACAAUGCUGCAAAACAGCUCAUGUCCACUCAGAGCAUCAACGGCACAUCGGAUUGCAACUAUCUCUUCCUGAUAAUCCAUGCCGGGAUGGGGAACCGGAUGCUUGAGAUCACUUCAGCGUUCCUUUACGCGCUUCUGACAGGCAGGGUUUUGCUCGUGGACCGCUACAAGCAGAUUGCGAGUACUUUCUGUGAGCCUUUCCCUGGGACUUCAUGGUUGAUUCCUUCAGAUUUCCCUCUGUGCUAUAAUGAGUUCAAUGAGCAUAGUCCGGAGAGCUACGGCAACAUGGUGCAGGAUAAUGUUAUCCGUGGCAACACAUAUCCUCCCUUUGUGUACCUCCAUCUUGACGGCGAUUACGCUUUCCACGACAAGCUUUUCUACUGCCAAGACGAUCAACAGUUCCUGCAAGGUGUGCCGUGGCUGAUCAUGCGAACCGACAUGUACUUUGUGCCGUCACUGUUUCUCAUCCCAAGUUUCCAAGAUGAACUGAGCAAGCUGUUUCCUGAAAAGGACACUGUUUUUCAUCACUUGGGCCGCUAUCUUCUCCAUCCGACAAAUGAUAUCUGGUACUCGGCGACGACGUACUACAGGGCCUACCUUGCUAGAGCUGAUAAAGUAGUGGGGAUACAGAUUAGAAUUUUUGAAAAGACGGGCAUCUUUCAAAGAAACGGGCCAUUUCCACACGUUUUACAACAGAUCCUUUCCUGUGCUCAGGGUGAAAAGCUGCUGCCACAAAUCGGUGUCACCACCCAUGAAGCAGCCGCUGGGAACAAUAGUCGGACAGUUGCCGUUCUUGCCACCUCUUUGAGCUCUUGGUAUGGUGAUCAGAUCCGGGAAAGGUACGGCGAGCACCGGACCGUCGACGGCACCACGGUGAAAGUUUACCAGCCGAGCCACGAGGAGUACCAGAAGAAGAAGAACAGGAAGCACGACAUGAAGGCGCUGGCGGAGAUCUACCUGCUGAGCAUGAGCGAUGUGCUCAUCACCAGCGGGUUCUCCACCUUCGGGUACGUCGCGCAGGGCCUCGCCGGCCUGACUCCGUGGAUCAUGUACAGGCCGGAGAACCACGUCGUGCCGGAGCCGCCGUGCGGCCGCGCCAUGUCCAUCGAGCCGUGCUUCCACCAGGCCCCCUACUACGACUGCAAGGCCAAGAGGGACGCAGACCUGGGCAAGGUGGUGCCGUACGUGAGGCACUGCGAGGACGUCAGCUGGGGGCUCAAGAUUGUAAAUGAAACUCGGUUGUAGCUGUAAGUUUUUUCCUCUUCACAAUCACACGGUAACGCAAUUGUUUGCUACUACAAAAAUAGGGUAGGCUUCUUUUUAAUUUACAGGAAAAGGUGUUCCACAGAUGUAAUUUUAUUUUUUUACCCUCGUGCAUUUGAUCAUAACUGUAGAUAGUUGAUAAUUAAACAGCUUCAUCAAUAGAAAAUACGAUACUUACCCCGUUUUCCGUCA